AUGGGGCCAGUCAAUUGCGCUGUUGUUGAAUGCACUAACAACUCAAGGAUGUUAGAAAAGUGGAAGAAUAGUGAAAUUGAAACUCAUGGUGUGCUGAAAAAAGAAUGUGGCUGUGAGCAACCCUUCAAAUUAUAUUGCUUUCCUGGGCCUGUCAGAUAUUUGGAAAAAAGACAGAAGUGGUUAAAACUUAUUAAAAGAGUUAACCCAGAUAAAAGUCAGUGGCAGCCAAAAAGCAGUGAUCGCAUUUGUAGUAUUCAUUUUGUUGACAAUGUGCCAAGUGUGGAAAACCCUAAUCCUACACUAAAUAUGGGUUAUGAAAUGCGUCAGAGUACUUCAAGAAGAACACUGUUUAAAAACCCAUUACCGUCAGCCAAAAAGAAAUCCAAGAAAAUUGAUGAUAGAGAAACCCUUGGUGUAACUGAAGCAAAUCCUUUCUUGUCACCGCCACGUUCUCCUGAUCAACAAUUGACUGUUGACAUUUUUACACCACCUACGCAAGAUCAUCAGUACUGCCUGUCCGAAGGCACCAAGCAAUGCCUUGUCUGUAAAGAUAAGAAGAGCUUGAUAUUUUCGAUGACGAGAAAAAUUGGGACAUUAUCACGUGAAAACAAAAAACUGAAAAAAGAAGCCCUAUUGCAAAAAAAUCAAAAUACUCCAUUUAGUUCACAAAAGAUUAAAACUGACACCAAAAUGAACUUUUAUACUGGAAUAAUGACAAUUGCAGCUUUUAAUGCUAUUUUUGCACUUCUGAAGCCUUACAUUUCGUGUAUGGUUUAUUGGAAGGGAUGUUCAAAAGCACGUAAAGCAACACACUCUAAAAUAAAAAGGCAAAAUAAUAACUCCAAUACCACCACGAAAAAGCUUUCUGCAAAAAAUGAGUUUUUAUUGACAUUAAGGAGACUGAGACUUGGUCUGUUAAAUGAGGAUUUAGCAGAUAGGUUUUGCAUCUCCACAACAUUAUGUUCUAACAUUUUUACGUCGUGGGUUAAAUUCCUUAGAAAAACAUUAGCUGAUGUGUUAGUUAAUUGGAUACCAAAGGAAAGCAUUUUGGAACAUAUCCCUGAUAUCUACAAGGAAAAGGGGUACGGAAAUGUAAGGUGCAUAAUUGAUUGUUCUGAGAUAUUCAUUGAACGAUCCAAGUCCUUAAAUGUUCAAGCUGUCACAUGGUCAGACUAUAAACUUCAUAACACUGUAAAGUUUUUAAUUGGUAUUUCUCCUACUGGUUAUAUAACCUUUUUAUCUGAUUGCUAUGGGGGAAGAGCUUCAGACAAAUUUAUUUGCAAUGACAGUGGCUUUUUUGAAUUACUAAAAUAUGGAGACAAUAUAAUGGCAGACAGAGGAUUCCAGAUCACAGAGGAACUCCUUUUACGAUACUGCCAUCUAGUUGUACCUCCAGGAGCCAGGUUAAAAUCACAAAUGACAUUUAUGGAAUUCAGCAAAACCAAAUCCGUGGCAAACUUAAGAAUACACGUGGAAAGGUCAAUACGGCGUAUUAAAACUUAUCGUAUCUUGCAGACACCUCUACCAAUUACAAUGCUGCAUCACGUUGAUGAUAUUGUCCGUACAUGUGCUGCAUUUUGUAACUUGAAAUCCAUGUUAAUUCAAAAAGCUAAAAAAAAGGACAGUUAAUUUAUUAUAUUUGAUUAGGUAUAUUUAUGUACAUAGCUAUAGCUGUUUUUUGUAUAAAUUUAAUAUUUUCACGCAUUUGUAAAAAAAAAGUCUUGAUCGUCUAAUGUAAGACACACACCUACAUUGUAUUAAAUCCAGGUUCAAGUCCUGGUCAAGGUAUUAUGAAUGUAAUUUAGAUCAAGACGAUCAUUAGACGAUCAAGGCUUUACGCAAUUUUUUUCUAAAAUAUAUACACAAAAUAUACAAAUACAUCAGUUAGUUUUAAACAUUAAAACUAAAAUCUAUAAAUUUUUCAUAAAAUAGCUUUAUCAUCUCAAUUAAAUUUUUACAAAAAUCUUCAUCAUACAAAAUGUCAUCAAUAACAAAGUCAUGCGAAGUCCAAACCAUAAAAAAACAUUUUUUCAAAUUUUUGCAUACAUUUGCAAUUGACACUGCGUGUAAUAUUUGUGUGAUUUUUUUAACACCUUCUUUCCAUUCCUUUCAACCAGAAAAUCAAGUACCACAUCUGUUGGGGACUUGUGGCUUAUUGAAAAGGGGCACUUUAUUUCCAGACAGCUAGGCGAACAGCAGCAACAAGUCACCAACCCAUCAGGACUAGCACCAACAAACUUCACGUCACCGUCAAUAAAUAAGCCACAAGACCGCACUUCUACAUUUUUAUGCUCUUUCUUUAUUUCUUUUUUAAAUGCGGCUAACGCAACAGGCUCCAUUUCUCUUCCAUAUUUCUCUUCCAUUUUCCGUGGUCUGACUUCUUUUCGGUUAGGUAGCCAUUCACAAGCUUUGGCUGUGCAUGAUGGAUUUGUCAGCCCACAUGUUACUGCAGCAUCUACUCGAAACAAAAGUGCAGCAAUAUGGUUGCAUGUCUCAGACAUUCCUGCCAUGCAGGUGCAGUGUGCUGACAUAAUCCGAUUACUUUCUCCUUUCAGAACGCAUACCCAUAGUUUAUGAGGUGGAUCAUUUAAUCGUUCUGAAGGCCUGCAAUCUCCUUUUUUAAAAAGCAGUACUUUGAAUCUUCGUCAAUCGGAUGGUACAUUAUUGGGCCUAGCCAACCAUUUGUAAAAUAGCUAUAUGCUUUGCUUGUUUUGUAAUCGUUUAGGUCGUCACUCCCCAGUGUGCUAGGAGUAAAGGUUAAAUAAUUAAAAAUAUUUCCAUAUGUAAUCAUUGGCCAAAACGAUACACCGUCUUCCUCCGCUAACCAUCCAGAAGUAAUGUCCAUUGGGUCAGGUAUAACACCAUCUUCAACUAAUAAUUUGCUCACAUACUCUUCGUUUAACUGCUCUUCUACCUGCGCUGCAGUUUUUACCAGCUUUACAUUAUUCUCACUAGCAGAAAAUACCCUUGCCACCAACUCACAUUUCCUUCCAGACACCUUUAAACCCCGCAUUCUUAAAUAUUUUUGUAAUUCUUCAACUUUCAUCUUGCUUAUCAUUUCAAACUCCAUUGUAAAUGAGCGUGUUUACUUCUUCUUGUCCCUCCUAUACUAGUUACUAGUCUUUUCCUCCGACGCGGUGUCAUAAUGGUAGCCGGAUGGGGUUGAUUGGUGUAUGUUAGGAAUAAUCCGAAGAAUAAUCUAUUCACUAUUUCGAAAAGAAAAAAAAUGUUGUAGUUACCUACCAAAUUUAUCUUAAACUUUUUCUAUUUCGAUAAAAUAAAUAUUUUGAACCAAAUUUCAAUAAUAAAAAAAAUAAUAAACUUGUCAGUAAAACAGUACAAAACAAAUUAAUUUCGUACAAACAACUAUAAAUCGUAAUUGAAUGAUCACCCACGUGGUGUAUCUAAAGCAUCAACACUUUGAAUAUAUAUAAACAACUUUUCCGCGUAAAAUUAUUGCUUACAUCCAACUCGCAUUCAGUGAAUCGUGGACUCGCUUUUUUAACUUGGUUCUGAGUCGCGCUGCAUCUAGCCGCUACCCGCCCAGACGUGUUAUUAAUAUCCAGUUCUUCCAAAACUGUAAUUAUGGUAGAACUGACUUGUCAAUGUGAAGAGAACACAAAUAAACAAAUAUUCUUCACUUUGUUAUGCUAUGAAAAACAAUGGAUGGAUCGUGCCUUUCUUUGCCAAUGAGGUGGGUGCAGGGCGUUUCUGUUCAGAAUCAGUAAGGACCUGUUUUCGUCGCCUUGGUUUCCCUAACAAGCCUUUACGUUCCCUAUUAAUAUCCCUAACUUUUACCUCCUUGAGUGCUUCUUUUUACAUCUGGAUGUCUCGAAAUUCUACCACUCGGGUUGAGUCUGAAAAGGCCCCAAUCAUUCCUGAAGUUUCUUCUGUUACAAAUAUGGAAUGUAAGAAAUCAAAAACCCCUGAGAAAUCUUCCGUAAGUCACACCAAAACUUGUAUAAUUAAAAAACCCGAAAAACUUGCUACAAGGUCUUCCAAAACAACAGUCCCAUUGCCAUCUAACCCUGAUUUUAUCAUCAUAUCAUCAUCACAUCAUAUCUCAGCUGCGAAGGAAAGUGCAUUUAAUAUCUUUGCUCACUCAAGUCAUUUAAGGCCGGGCAAAAAAUAUUGUUAUUUUUUUACUGAACAUUUUUUCCGAAAAAAUUAUCGGCAAAUAAUUAAUCAUCGUGCAUGCGUAUAAAAAGUUAAUUUAUGUUUUCGUUGAACCUGACGAGAAAGAAGACACGUAAACAAAAAUGGUGGAUUGUAGGCAGUGGCACUCUGUUUGUGGCUGGUAGCUUUUCGCUGUUCAUUUAUUAUUUCUUCAUUACAUCAUCUCCCUCCUCCAAACAAUUUAACAACAGUUAAAAUACUCUUUCCAACUUGGAAUAUAGUUAUAUAAAAUACAGAUAAAAGCUAAUUAUAUAAUGUAAUAAUAUAAGUUCUCAACCACACUCCUCUAUAAAUUAAAACACCUAAAAAUUUGGUUACUUUGAUAUUCAGCUACAGUUAAAAACAUAUAUAUGUCUAAUAUAAAAAAGCAAAAUAUACUUUUUUCUAACCUAGCUAAAGAGAAACGGAAAAAAAACACUUAUACACCUCUCAUACAAUAUCAACAUUUUGUUCCAUAAAACGACUUUUUUUCUGAAGUUUUCAUGAGGCAAGCAGGGCAGAAAUAAGCAUAACUUCUGGAUGAAACAAGAGUGUUGAUAAGCCACAAAACUUUGUGUAUCGGUAAAACCAAUGAACUAGAGGUUACUGUCUUCGUCUCUAGAAAUAUAUACAUACAGAAAAAAUAUUAUUUUGUAAAGGUAGCUAGCUAGACAAUUCAUAUUUUUUAGCUCCUAGUUUUAGUAAAAUUAUGUAUAGCUAUAAUGUAGUGUAAUUAUGAAAUUAUGUCUGACAUCCUUCAAAGUCCCAAGUUCCAUGUUCUUUUUAGCGCCUUUAUGAUCUUUGUAUGCUGAACCAAUCGUUUGAUGUUCUUGUCAUAUAGGAUAUCUGAAUUUGUUGGAGUUGCUAAGUUAUUUUUUAUUGUGAAUUGGACUUCCCACUGUCUGAUUUUUUCUUUGAUUUCUGUUUCUUUUCUCAACACCGAAGUUUGGAUUCUUGCUAACUUAUCUUGGUAAAUACCAUGAUUCCAUUUGUUUGGGUUUCUUUUUAAUUGAUCUUUCGCUUUGUCUAAUCCAUACACUUCGUCACUUCCUAAUACUUGAUACAGUUUUGAACCUUCUUUUGUUUUGAAUUUUUUUUCAUCGUUAACAAUUGGACUUUCUUUUGUACAAAAUGGUUGUGCCUUUCGAGAUUUCCUGCUUUUCGGGGUUGAAUGGACAAGGACAUCAAUUAGAGUGUUAACCGACGAAUGCGAUACCAUACUUGAAUUUAGACUUUCUCCCGUCGAGCUGGGAGAUGGAUUUAUAUCAGAAUCUACUAUUUUUGGUGUUGUAGUUGGUGAUGGUGUCUUGUUUGUGAGGGAAGGUGUGUCAUCAAGAAUAUUUUCUCCGUCGGUUUCUUUUUCAGUCAUGAAAAUAAUUUUUUCAGCACACUCUUCCUUCUCAUCCUCUGCUGCUUCUAUGGUAAUUUCUUUGCGUACCUUGCUCACUGCCAAAUUUAUAAAUCUCAUUUUAGGUGUAACUGAUGGCAGGACAACUUCACUUUGUUGGCACUUUUCCCAAAUAUUUUUCAGCAUUUUUUCAAUAUCUUUUAGUGUUGUUGAACGAAAGUGGUGCAACUUCGGACCUGCUUGAUGAAAAUCUUUGUUUUGAGAGCCAUCGAAAAACUCUAUACCAUAAUCAUCUUCUCUCCACCAUACUCCUUCUCCAUAACAUACGUAGUCACUCACUCUUUCAAGGUGACAAAGCCAUGAUUUUUUGUGUUUUUCAAUGAAAGUUUUUGUGAUGUAGGUGUUUUUAUUUUUGAGUGAUAUAUCCAGACAUUUAUAUUUUUUCUCAAUGUCAUUCUCGUAGGACUUUCUUGGUACUUUCUUGCUGACUUUUCGUUCCGCUUGAUAACGCAAAAUUAAAUUUCCUAUAAUAUGGCCUGGAUGUUUUGAUGAGGUGUUACCUGUGAUGGAUUUCAACAUGUUGAAGAUUCUUUCAUCGUCUUUACAGUUGAUGGAGCUUCCUGAUAUAAUUCGAUAUUGCAUAGGAGCAUGAAUCAUCAAGUUAUGAAAAUAUUUUCAAUAAAAUUUACUUUGUGUGAUAUUGAUGAAAUCAUCUUUGAAAAAAUCUUUAACCAGGUGGAAAUGCUUGAAAGUCAUGUUGUAUAACUGCAGAAUUUGCCUUGGCGUUCUUUUAAGAGCAUUGGAAUAUAAUAUACGUUGGAUUUCAAUUAAGGUGAGAAGAAUCUCUAAAUUUUCAUAGUCACUGAUUUUAUUUUUCAAUGUUGCAGCCAAUUUAAUUAAUCCUCUUCUGUAAUCGCACGCCCUGUUGUUAUCUCUACCACCAAAUGAAAUCUUAUAUGCAUUUUCAAAGAAUUUUCUUUCUAUUUUGUCAAGGUGAUGUGGCAAUUCGGAUAAAAGAUUUUUUUUAUGUCCUGAAAGAUCGUGCAUCGGAACAAAUUUCGUAAUCUUCAAGAUUGUACUCAAUCAAGGACUGAUUGUUUGGAUUUUGAAAGACUAGACUUGGAACUCUUUGUAUUCCUCGCAAAAUUUUUUUCAAUGAUUUUUCCAUUUUAUCUUUAUUGUUGUAAAUGUCAUCAAACAGCAUUCUUGAUCUUAGCUCCUCUUGCAAUUCUGUUUUAGUUAAGUGUUCAAAUGGAUGUAAAAUGCCUAAGAAAUAGUGAAUCAUUUUUUAAUUAAACUUACAUACUUCUGGUGAUACCACAAUAUGAUUCAUUAUAUCUACAUACUUUUUUCGGAGUUCUUUUUUCCCCACUUUCCAUUGUUAACAACGUCAAUGCGAUCACUGGAAUAUUUGGUAAAACAAUAAAAUUUUAGACAUGGCUUUGUAAUAGUAAUGUACUUUACAACAAAAAGAAAACUUUUUUAAUUUAGUAUACAAUACUGUAAAAAUCUUUAGACAAUUUUCUAUUUAUUGUCAUUUUAGAAGUGUAAUAUAUACCUCAAAGUCCUGAUUUCACAAGAUCCACUAUGCACAAAAUCAUCCAUCAUUACUCUUGCAAUGUCACAUGUUACACAUAGAUAAUGCCCUCCUUUUUGGUUCCCACAUUCAAACUGAGCGGCUGGUCCAUCACCAUGAAAGAACCUACAAAAUGAUUGUAUUGAUUACUACUAUCAUCUUUAAAAGCUGUACAUAUACAUCAUUAACUUUGUAGACUGUCAAAAAAGCCUUGUUAGAUAUACCUGAUUUUAUCUGUUAUUUCUGAACCAUUUUUCGAUAUUAGAGUAUUUUCUAUUUCCAUGAUACAUUCAAUGCGUGUAUCAAUAUACAUGAUUUGAUCAUCAUUGGCUCUACACUGACCAACAAUGUACACUUCAGGUUCUUCUAUAACUGCUUGGACAUCGAUGUUUUCAUUCGUCAUCUCCAUGUAUUCAGAAUUAGUGUAAAAAACUGCUUCGUCAUAUAGUAAAUUAACUGUGAAUACUAUAUGGCCAUGAUUAGCUAAAAUAAAUUAUUUUAAAAGUAUUAGCACAAUACUAUUUUAUAAACGUUUGUCACCAUUCAGUUUCAUUUCAGCACUUUUUUUCAACAGUAAUACAAUUGUUAUGAUGAGCCAGCAUGAUUAAAUGUGUUAAUUUUAAAGUGAAAUAUUAGUCUUGCAAUAUUAUAUACAUACCUAUCACAGAUGCAUCAUGCCAUAUUUGUAAAUUACGAGUCGUUUCAAACUUUUUUAAUAAGUUUUGCUUCUCAUCAGUUGUUGCAUCAUAUUGAAAUUCAUUAAGAUUUUUCAGACGGCUGUCCACUUCUUCAUCUGUUAGUAAUUUGUAAUGAGUGUUCGGUUUGCUUUGCAUGUAUUUCUCAUAUUUUUGCAAGGUAUGUUUCUGAUAUACAAUAAUGGCAACUUUCUUCCCUCAGUUUCGAUUGAUUGUUCUGUGAUGUUGUUAUCUUGAACAAUAUAUUUUUUCAUCUUUUUCGCUGGUAUUACUUCUCCAAGAGUAUAUUCUCCAGAUUCAAGUUUGCGUUUUAUGUCAUUCUUCAGCUGAGUGUUAGUGCAUUCCAAUGGCAUAGAAAUUUCACUGCCAGGAAAUUUUUUUUUUGACCUUCUAAUCAUUGCAUUUCCAUUAUUUCUUUUUUUUUUCAAUUAAAUCAUCUAUGUCUACACCUUCACUGAUUAAAAAAGCCUUCACUAUCUGACCACCGUUUUUCGAGUAUUCACCAUUUUCAUUUUUCACUCCAUAUUUUCGUGCCAAUUCUGACCAAUUUCCAACUUUUAUUUUUUUAUCCAAAUUAGAAUGUAUUUCCUUAAGUAGGUUUUCCUUGUCCCAUGUCAUUUCAUGCAAAACUCCUGUGUGGGUUUUUUGUUUCACUAUUCCAAUACUCUCAUUAUGUAUUCGAGCACGGACUCGUGUUUCUGCAACUUCAUGAUUUUCAAAUGACCUCAGCAUUCUUUCCUUGUUUCUAGAACUUAGUGAUUGACGUGUACCGAGACACCUUUCCACUGAUGUUGAACGUAGGUCAUUGUUGAUUGUGUUAGUUAUAUCUCUCAGUUGUUUUCUUUUUAUUUGCCUUUUUUGAUAAUUUGAGAGUUUGCUCUGAAUAUUGAACUCUGGUAUUUUUAACAACGUAUCAGUAAAGGAAGUUUCAUACUUUUCUUUAAAUCUACUGUCAAGCGAUUUAACUAUGUUCCUUGCAGUGUUCUUUGGUUUGGAGUCAAUUUUAAAUUGUAUUGAACUUUUAGCUGUAUCACUUUUUCCUGACAAUGAUCCACUAAAACUUUCCAUUCCUGUAGUGAAAUUUUCAAGACAGCCUUUACAAUUUUCCAAUGUGUGUUUUGAUCUGUCAUUGUCUGACAUGUUCAUAAAGACAGUGGGUGAAAAUGUUUUGAAGAAAAAUUGCUUUUCCUUGUUUUUGUAUUUCGCUAGUUUCAAUAAACUAGCCUUGAGCUUUCCCAUUCCAUUGUUAAAUGUUCGAUAAUCAACUGUAUAUUCUGCUUUUCUCUCUAGGAAAAAUGCUAUGAAGCGAUCAAGUUUUUGUUGAACUGAUAGCCCCUGGAUAAGAUCUUCAUCGUUGGUUAAAUAUGGCAUAUUCAAUCGUCUCAGAUGUAAUAUGACUUUGGCGAAUCCACACGAAGUAUGAUUUGUAAAUACGGCCAUGCUCGAAUGAAGAAUAUUUACUUAACUUACUAUAUAUAAAGAAAUCAUGCACACACCGAUAACAUAUUUAACGCGGGAAACUUUUAUAGUUGUUUACAUUUUUUUUCUACCAUUUUCCUAAUAUAUUUAAUUCUAAAUUAUUUGCUAUUGUUUUAUCUGCGUUUUUUAUUGGUUAAUGCUAAAUUAAUUAUUUUCAUAUGUAAUGUUAAUGUAUAAUUUAUGCAGAAAUAUACUAUUAAUAUUAAACCGAUUUAUUGUUUAUAUUGGUUGUCGUUCUGCAUAAUUAACGAUUAUUGCGCUCGUUCCCGAAUUUGUGCCAAAUGACCCGAUUUUGUGUUAAAAUUACCGAGAAUCAUUAAAAAUAGUUUAGGAAUCACUUAUUCAAAGCUAAUUUUACCGAAACCUAAUAAAUUAUAUCAACGACAACUUCUGAAAAAAACAUGUAAUCGAUCAAGCGUGAUUUCGCAAGGAAACGUAUGUUUUUUUAACUUUUUUGGUGCGUCUGAUUAUGUAAAUACAUACAUAAACUGAAAUUUAGUGACUUUGUAAGUGGAAAGUGCUGACGAUCGACUAAUCAUAGAUGCUCUAGAAUGGUACGGUUCGUUUGAAAUCAAUUUCACGUGUUUAUACCGAGUGAAAAGUGUGCCUAAAUCCAUUACAUGGCACUGUAUGCCUUGGUAAAUCAUUCCAACAGACAGAUGUAAGAGAAGAUAUUUAAUAAUACUCCAUAUUAAACCAUAGCUGAAAGAAGCAUCUUUUCAGCAAAAAAAAACAGCAUGUGAAUAGCGUCAAUACAAGCCGAGAUAUAAGAAAAUGAAAAACACCAAUUUUCCGAUCAAAAUUGAGAAAGCCCGGCCUUAAAUGACUUGAGCAGCACGACGUCCCCGAGGUUCUUGAAUAUCUCCUACCUGGUCUGUCAUUAGAAUUUCCAUUUCUUGGAAGUCUUUUUAGUAUUGGCAUCAAGACAUGAACCACUUGCAAUUCAUGUCAUAUUACCAGCUCCUCAGAAGUUAUAGCACCAUGCAUCCAACUUUCUCUGCACCCUACGUUACAAUCUUCCUUAGAUAAUUUCUUUGAAAGCGAGGAGUUGUCAGACACCAAUGCCUACUUUUGCCAUGUUUGCAACGCUCAUCAAACUGCUCUAGUUGAAAAAGAGGUAGUGUCGUGCGGUUCCCAUCUCAUUUUACAGCUAAAACGUUUUGCCAGUGCCAACGGCCUUGUGUCAAAAAUUGCCUCUCGUAUUACUGCUUACCCUGGUACCCUUUCCUGCCCUUGGUUAAAGUUCUGUUUAUCUUUUCAAAUGUGUUGUGUCCUUUUUAUGUUUUUAUAUUUUUUAAAUUAAUUCCUUGUAAAAAGGGAGAAUUGUGGUUUUAGAGGCAUUUUCUCUAGAGGAGUAUAACCUCUAGCUUAUUUCCAAAGGCCUAACAGGUUGGGUUUAUCAUUGCGGUGGCUUGACACCUCUUUGUAAAUUAUUUUCUUAAUUGAACUGGGGAAAGAAAUGUGGCUGAAGAUAUCGCUGCGCAGUAAAGUUUUGAAUGGGAGUCGAAAUAGGUGACAUAAGCUGUGGUUGUGGCACUGACAAAAUUUGCAAAGACUUUGGUUAUUUUGCAAAAAUUGUUGUUUCCGAUGUUUCAAUUGAAAUCUCCUGAUGGAAUACCACCGUCUCGAUUAGAAAACCUUAGCUUCGUCAUAUCCAGGCGAUCAUCCGCAUCUUUGCACUUAACCACCUGAGCACUGCCUUGGGAAUGCGAUUGGGCUACUGGUGCUGGAAGUGGAUCUUUGGCUGUUUCCUAGCAGCAAGGCAGUUUGACGCGUGAAGAAAAGUGAGAAUUCCUUUGUUUUAAAUUUGCUUCUUAUACCACAAUUGCAAGGUGGGUGCGUUUAUCGUAUAGAGCGUCAAGCCAGUCUCAAGUCCAAAACAAUUGGCAAUUGCAUAAUCCUCAUGCGGAGGAACGUUUUUUGUCAUAUUUUUGUAGCUUCUCGUAAAGAGCCUUUGUGUUUUUGGCAUCCCUGUUGCUGACACUACUCCCAUUUAAUGCCAUGAAAGCACAACGUAGAACGCCAACCCUUUGCCAACCAUAACAUCUUUUCAAAUGUGUUGUGUCCUUUUUAUUUUAUUUUUUUUUAUAUAUUUUUUUAUUUCCUUGUAAAAAGGGAGAAUUGUGCUUUUAGAGGCAUAUUCUCUAGAGGAGUACAACCUCUAGCUUGUUUCCAAAGACCUAAUAGGUUGAGUUCAUCAUUGCGGUGGCUUGCCACCUCUUUGUAAAUUAUUUUCUUAUUUCUCUUCCAUCUGCACUCUAACUCUCAGCCUCAUUCUUACUUUCCAGAUCUACUACCUCUCCCCCUCUAAUACGCCUGACAAAUCUGUCUUCAAGAUGCCUUGCUCGUCAACAUCGGAAUCGUGAGCAUCCUCAUUACUGUUAAUCAACCAAAUUCCGCUUAACGUAAUCUACAUUGAAAAUGAUGUCCGUUUGUUUGAACAGGUACUCCAUGCCAAUGGCUUCCCCAGUGUAUUGGUUCGGCGGACAUUGGCUGUUUUCCAAAUUUUCGUGGACAUCUAAAUGCAGAUCAUUGAACGUCGCCACUAUUUCUAUGUUGAAGAACCUCAAAGAAUCUUCAACGAGGCCAGCAACUCCUGUCUCUUCUCAUGGCGUUCAAUCUACAUUCGCGCUGGUACCAUGCACGAAGCCAAGGUGCUACCCCUCCAACACCUGUACACAUGUAACACAACACCGCCUUCCUUUAGACCUUAGUAUACAGCUUGUUGCCAAGUGUGUCCUGAAUACAGAUUAGAUGUUAUUUUUUAUUAUUUCAGAUAUUCACUACAUCAGGUUUCAGAAGAGGUAGUACACCAAGAGCCAGUGAAGCACAGAACUUAGUCUUUAACCAGUUAUCUUGUCUCCAUUGAACCUUUAACAUAAAAAUGACUUAAAAUCCUUGUUAAAACAGCGAGUGGGCGAAAGAAAAUCACUUUGAUGGAUGAUUUCGUAUAUUUGCCUCUUGUCCACCAACAGCAAUGCCUUGCCAAUUCUUUUCUGUUGACCGAUUUCAGGACGGCUUUCUCUGUCGGCUCACUUACGCCUUGUGCCUUUAAUUUCUCCCUUAUUUGCCAUUAUAAGAUUGCGGUAAUCUUCCACGUCCCAUUCGAACAAACAACUUGGUAAUUAAAAUUAUUUAAACUUGACUUUAAAAAAGGAAAGGAAGCUGACAGUAUUAAAGCAAAAACUUUUAUAAAGUACCUCAUACAAUAUGUGCGAUUGCGAUGUGCACAGGAUGGUUGGAGAUGAAACGCGUGCCUUGUCAUACUUAUCCACAACUCCAUCUGCCAUAUUUGCGCCAUAUUCGUUACCUACAUUCGUUACCUAACUGGCUGAACUUUUUGCUUCGCCAGAUAGCUUCUUAAGGAUGUUUUUCCUAAGUCUGUUUCAGGACGACGCCAAAUACAGAGGUAAUGGCCGUCUUCACAUUCUAGACUGGAGGUUGCCAGAAGCCAUUUUGACUGUGGUAGCACGACAAAGGAAUCAGCAACAGCGUAGGAAGAAAUUUGAUUUUCAUAAAAAGACAACCUCUUUUGGUGUUGUUGGCAAUCAAAGAAAUAUUCCAUGUUCUUUUUUUAUCCAUGACUCACUGUGCAGUUUGACUAGAGUGUUGUGCAACGCUGUUGGGCUAUUACCUAACGUUCUUGACUUGAGUAGGGAUAAAACAUUUGAAUCUCAAGCAUAUGUAUACCGUAAGAAGCUGAUUUAAAAUAUGAUUAUCCCAAGCCAGAACAGUGAAUCUGCAAGGGCAAAUUAGGUACUCAGUUGCUAAGUAGUAAUAGUCAGCAACAUCUGAUAUUAGAGAUUUAAGCGAAUUUUGUUGUAAAUCCCGUUUGAUUUUAAACUUCUGUUGCAGGAUUCUUUGCAACUAUACAUAACAUUCAAAUAUUCAAAUACAAAAAAAAAAUAGGUACGUUUAUGUCUUAAAAUCUAGAUUUUAUACUCAGAUACUUGUGAAAGUGUUGCUCAAACUUUGUUAGAAAUCUGCAUGCUUAAUGACGCUGAGCAUUCUUUUAAUUCAGAGGUUGAUUGACAGAAAUGAACUGAUGGUGAAUCCUAAUUAAACAUUUCAUUAAGUCACGAGGUAAUGGUAUUUUAUUUAAAAAUGUUACAAACUUCUAAAAAGACAAGUUUAAUAUGUGCUUAAUAAUGUGUUUAACUAUUACAUACUUAUAUAUAUUAAAAUUUAAUUGCUACCUCUUUUGCAGUUGAAAUUGUUCCCCAAUUGUAGUUGUACAAGGGCCAACUGUAGAAAUUGGUGUGCGUAACAAAGAUGAAAUCUUUUUUGGUUUAAACUUUGGACAAUACAAUAAAUUGAUUUUGAAUCCUAAGUAGAAACUUAAAGGAUUAAGAAUACUAUCAAAAAAAUCAAAAGACUAAGAAAACAACAAUUAGAUUUCAAGGUUAAAUAUGGCCUGUAUGGGACUCAAACCCACAACCUCUCACUGAAAAUAAGUGAUUGCUCUUCCAAUUAAGCUAACAAUCUUAUAAGAUGAAACUUUAUGCUGUUGUCAUAAUAAACUUUAAAUUUUAAGUUAAUAUAUUAUAAAUGAUAAUUUAGGAACUUACCCUGAACUUCUCAGGAGAUAUUUGUUUUGCGUAAUUAAAUUGUUUCCGAACAACCACAGAGGAAGAAUAUACAAUAGAUGUCGAUGUUCUUAGCACAAAUGUUGAUACAUUCUCUUCAGUACUUGACGACAAUACAAAACCUUAAACAAUUAGUAUCAAAAAUGUCAAUUUAUUAAUUAUAUAUAAUGUGAAUCCAUACACAAAAACGUUUAGUUAAAUGUACACAUAAAUCCCUAGCCCUUCUUGUUAAAGUUAGUAGGAGUUUGUUUAUCAAACACACGCAUUCGUAUACAUAUACAGAUAAACUUCUCAGUAAAUGCGUUUUUCAAGAUAUAUAAAAGUUUCAUCUCCUGAGAAAAGGAAGUUUAACUGUCUUUUUGGCAGUAACUUUGGAGGAAUAAAACCUCGAUGAUUUAACCCUAAAACUUCACAGGUUGAGUAUUUCAUUGUGCCUUGUGUUCAAAAUUUUCUCCUUCUUAGAACGUUAUUCACACAAAAUCCUCACUUGUUUAAGAAAUUCCCAAACGGCUUAACAUCAAACAUACACUUGCGUCUGGGGCAUUUCUUUUUUACAGCCAUCUUUUUUGCCCCAAAGGAAUAUGGUAGCGGUUGUUGUCCCCUACCAAACGUAUAAUCUCCAUUUGCAAACAAGUACAAUCUCCUCUCCAAGGCAAAUUUAGGCAUUCUAACGUGAAAAAAUGACAACAGAAAUCCUUUUAUAGCACUUAUGCGGUGUAUUGGUGUAAACAACCACAAUAAUAACCAAUACUGCGUAACCACACUACAAAUUUACAACAUUAUAAAACACAGGGACUAUAGUAUUAGCACUAACUGAAAGCUUGGCUUCAUAUUUAUCAUCAGCAGCUAAAAGACAAGCUGAGCAAACAUUUUCUAUUAUGGAGCUCAUAGACGACUUUAUGCGUUUCUAAUUAAUCCACAAGAGACAAACUAAAGCCUACCUAAACUUCCGAGAACAGAAGCAACUACAAAUAACUUUUGAUGCCUAAACACCCAAAACAUAGUGCCACCUAGCUAGCCAUACAAACACAGAUACAUAAAUUCCAAAAAGAUAUUAUUAAAUCAAACACUCAAACAGCCUUUUGUGGCUUUCAAAAGCAUAAGAAGAACUGCUACACAUCAUAUAGACACAUAUUUUCAGCCAAAAGCCAAGAAAAAUUCAACAAAUGGACAAAAUUUUGCACUGCUUCAACUGUUGCAUCUUUUCGCUUUUGACCGGUUAUUUUGUUUUCUUCGAAUUUAGGACGAACCAAUGAUAAAUGCGUAUUCCAAAUUUACAAUGCAAUUUCCAAUUCUAUUCAUAUAAAUUAUAAUUUCUAUUUAUACGCUAUGAAAGGACCUAUUCAUAAAUUUGGAAUAAAUUGGAAUAUGCAACAAAAAGAAAACAAUAGGUUUUUGGUUAUUUUCAAAUGUAUGAAUCCCCAGACUAACCCGCACCAACUGAAAGGAAGGAAGGGGCAUAAAAGACUGGAGAAAAGGGGGAAAAGAGGGGGAAAGAGAAAGGAAAAAGAAAAGGCGUGAUGGUGUGUUAGUAAAGGCAUAUGUUACCCGUUUUACAUAAGAAAUUACAUGAACUUAUUUUGUUCCUUUUGUGUCCGCUUUACGCCGCUGCUCUAACCAAAUGUUAUAGGAAGGUGCAUCAGGUUCAUACGAACAGUAUCGUUCCCCCUUAUAUUGUCCGUGGCCUUCCUUUAUUGGUUGAUUGCAUUUGCGGAAGGUGUACUCUUUUUCUGGCUUCUUCUUUUUCACAGAUGUUGUAGGCUGAUGGUAUGACAACAUGUUGGGCAUUUGUAGGUGCGGAAUUUGCAUCGGUAGUUGGGAAAAAAGAUUGUAGAAAUGUGGUGGAAUGUAUGGUUGGCAAAAAGAACUUGGCGCAAGGCAUGACAUCGGCGCAAUAAAUUGCGGCUGUAAUGUCGGCGGUCUUUGCAGCACCUUUGGUUUAGAUGCUCUUUUUCUAGGUGUUUUUUGGGUGCUGGUGUUGUAGCAGCUGACGCUUCAUCUGUUUCAUUACAAAGUCAGGUGUUGGGAUGGCUCCAUCUCGAUUUAAGAAUUUUAGCCUGGCCAUAUCGGAGCGAUUUUCAGGAUCUUUGUAAUUAACCACGUCAAUGUUGCCUCGUGAGUUGGAUUGAGCAGCAUGAGGUGGAAGAGCAUCUGUAGCUGUUUUCUUGCCGUUGGAUAGGUGGACAACCUGAAGAAGAGUUAAAAUUUCUUCCCUUCUUGUAUGAUUUUUAAACCACAAUCGCGAGGUGGUUUCGUUUAUGGUGUAAAAUGUCAAACCAGUCUCCUCCAGCAAAGAACUGUUAAAAAGGCGAGCACGGAUGUUGUUGUACUCGCCAAUGAUCCUCUUCAAGCGGGAAUCGUAUUUCCUUGGAUGCACAGAGCUUCGACGAUCCUGUUUUUUGAUGGCAAUAAAGCAGAAAAGGUGCCGGACUAAAAGCAUCUUUUUAUCGCCACGAUCCCUACGUGAACUUCCCGUUUGCGUGAAGAAAACCGGCCUCUCGACUGCCUUUUCAUCAUGGUUUUUGUAUACCAACGGUUUUUUGUCGUAUGCCUCAAGAUCGUUGUAAAGGGCUUUAUUUAAACUUGACUUUAAAAAAGGAAAAGAAGCUGACAGUAUUAAAGCUAAAAAUUUUAUAAAGUACCCCAUACAAUAUGUGCGGAUGGUAGGAGAUGAAACGCGUGCCUUGUCAUACUGAUCCACAACUCUAUCUGCCAUAUUUGCGCCAUAUUCGUUACCUACAUUCGUUACCUAACUGGCUGAACUUUUUGCUUCGCCAGAUAGCUUCUUAAGGAUGUUUUUCCUGAAGUCUGUUUCAGGACGACGCCAAAUACAGAGGUAAUGGCCGUCUUCACAUUCUAGACUGGAGGUUGCCAGAAGCUGAUUUAAAAUAUGAUUAUCCCAAGCCAGAACAGUGAAUCUGCAAGGGCAAAUUAGGUACUCAGUUGCUAAGUAGUAAUAGUCAGCAACAUCUGAUAUUAGAGAUUUAAGCGAAUUUUGUUGUAAAUCCCGUUUGAUUUUAAACUUCUGUUGCAGGAUUCUUUACAACUAUACAUAACAUUCAAAUAUUCAAAUACAAAAAAAAAUAGGUACGUUGUUUAUGUCUUAAAAUCUAGAUUUUAUACUCAGAUACUUGUGAAAGUGUUGCUCAAACUUUGUUAGAAAUCUGCAUGCUUAAUGACGCUGAGCAUUCUUUUAAUUCAGAGGUUGAUUGACAGAAAUGAACUGAUGGUGAAUCCUAAUUAAACAUUUCAUUAAGUCACGAGGUAAUGGUAUUUUAUUUAAAAAUGUUACAAACUUCUAAAAAGACAAGUUUAAUAUGUGCUUAAUAAUGUGUUUAACUAUUACAUACUUAUAUAUAUUAAAAUUUAAUUGCUACCUCUUUUGCAGUUGAAAUUGUUCCCCAAUUGUAGUUGUACAAGGGCCAACUGUAGAAAUUGGUGUGCGUAACAAAGAUGAAAUCUUUUUUGGUUUAAACUUUGGACAAUACAAUAAAUUGAUUUUGAAUCCUAAGUAGAAACUUAAAGGAUUAAGAAUACUAUCAAAAAAAUCAAAAGACUAAGAAAACAACAAUUAGAUUUCAAGGUUAAAUAUGGCCUGUAUGGGACUCAAACCCACAACCUCUCACUGAAAAUAAGUGAUUGCUCUUCCAAUUGAGCUAACAAUCUUAUAAGAUGAAACUUUAUGCUGUUGUCAUAAUAAACUUUAAAUUUUAAGUUAAUAUAUUAUAAAUGAUAAUUUAGGAACUUACCCUGAACUUCUCAGGAGAUAUUUGUUUUGCGUAAUUAAAUUGUUUCCGAACAACCACAGAGGAAGAAUAUACAAUAGAUGUCGAUGUUCUUAGCACAAAUGUUGAUACAUUCUCUUCAGUACUUGACGACAAUACAAAACCUUAAACAAUUAGUAUCAAAAAUGUCAAUUUAUUAAUUAUAUAUAAUGUCAAUCCAUACACAAAAACGUUUAGUUAAAUGUACACAUAAAUCCCUAGCCCUUCUUGUUAAAGUUAGUAGGAGUUUGUUUAUCAAACACACGCAUGCGUAUACAUAUACAGAUAAACUUCUCAGUAAAUGCGUUAUUCAAGAUAUAUAAAAGUUUCAUCUCCUGAAAAAAGGAAGUUUAACUGUCUUUUUGGCAGUAACUUUGGAGGAAUAAAACCUCGAUGAUUUAACCCUAAAACUUCACAGGUUGAGUAUUUCAUUGUGCCUUGUGUUCAAAAUUUUCUCCUUCUUAGAACGUUAUUCACACAAAAUCCUCACUUGUUUAAGAAAUUCCCAAACGGCUUAACAUCAAACAUACACUUGCGUCUGGGGCAUUUCUUUUUUACGGCCAUCUUUUUUGCCCCAAAGGAAUAUGGUAGCGGUUGUUGUCCCCUACCAAACGUAUAAUCUCCAUUCGCAAACAAGUACAAUCUCCUCUCCAAGGCAAAUUUAGGCAUUCUAACGUGAAAAAAUGACAACAGAAAUCCUUUUAUAGCACUUAUGCGGUGUAUUGGUGUAAACAACCACAAUAAUAACCAAUACUGCGUAACCACACUACAAAUUUACAACAUUAUAAAACACAGGGACUAUAGUAUUAGCACUAACUGAAAGCUUGGCUUCAUAUUUAUCAUCAGCAGCUAAAAGACAAGCUGAGCAAACAUUUUCUAUUAUGGAGCUCAUAGACGACUUUAUACGUUUCUAAUUAAUCCACAAGAGACAAACUAAAGCCUACCUAAACUUCCGAGAACAGAAGCAACUACAAAUAACUUUUGAUGCCUAAAGACCCAAAACAUAGUGCCACCUAGCUAGCCAUACAAACACAGAUACAUAAAUUCCAAAAAGAUAUUAUUAAAUCAAACACUCAAACAGCCUUUUGUGGCUUUCAAAAGCAUAAGAAGAACUGCUACACAUCAUAUAGACACAUAUUUUCAGCCAAAAGCCAAGAAAAAUUCAACAAAUGGACAAAAUUUUGCACUGCUUCAACUAUUGCAUCUUUUCGCUUUUGACCGGUUAUUUUGUUUUCUUCGAAUUUAGGACGAACCAAUGAUAAAUGCGUAUUCCAAAUUUACAAUGCAAUUUCCAAUUCUAUUCAUAUAAAUUAUAAUUUCUAUUUAUACGCUAUGAAAGGACCUAUUCAUAAAUUUGGAAUAAAUUGGAAUAUGCAACAAAAAGAAAACAAUAAGUUUUUGGUUAUUUUCAAAUGUAUGAAUCCCCAGACUAACCCGCACCAACUUUAAGGAAGGAAGGGGCAUAAAAGACUGGAGAAAAGGGGGGAAAGAGAAAGGAAAAAGAAAAGGCGUGAUGGUGUGUUAGUAAAGGCAUAUGUUACCCGUUUUACAUAAGAAAUUACAUGAACUUAUUUUGUUCCUUUUGUGUCCGCUUUACGCCGCUGCUCUAACCAAAUGUUAUAGGAAGGUGCAUCAGGUUCAUACGAACAGUAUCGUUCCCCCUUAUAUUGUCCGUGGCCUUCCUUUAUUGGUUGAUUGCAUUUGCGGAAGGUGUACUCUUUUUCUGGCUUCUUCUUUUUCACAGAUGUUGUAGGCUGAUGGUAUGACAACAUGUUGGGCAUUUGUAGGUGCGGAAUUUGCAUCGGUAGUUGGGAAAAAAGAUUGUAGAAAUGUGGUGGAAUGUAUGGUUGGCAAAAAGAACUUGGCGCAAGGCAUGACAUCGGCGCAAUAAAUUGCGGCUGUAAUGUCGGCGGUCUUUGCAGCACCUUUGGUUUAGAUGCUCUUUUUCUAGGUGUUUUUUUGGGUGCUGGUGUUGUAGCAGCUGACGCUUCAUCUGUUUCAUUACAAAGUCAGGUGUUGGGAUGGCUCCAUCUCGAUUUAAGAAUUUUAGCCUGGCCAUAUCGGAGCGAUUUUCAGGAUCUUUGUAAUUAACCACGUCAAUGUUGCCUCGUGAGUUGGAUUGAGCAGCAUGAGGUGGAAGAGCAUCUGUAGCUGUUUUCUUGCCGUUGGAUAGGUGGACAACCUGAAGAAGAGUUAAAAUUUCUUCCCUUCUUGUUGUCCACCUAUCCAACGGCAAGAAAACAGCUACAGAUGCUCUUCCACCUCAUGCUGCUCAAUCCAACUCACGAGGCAACAUUGACGUGGUUAAUUACAAAGAUCCUGAAAAUCGCUCCGAUAUGGCCAGGCUAAAAUUCUUAAAUCGAGAUGGAGCCAUCCCAACACCUGACUUUGUAAUGAAACAGAUGAAGCGUCAGCUGCUACAACACCAGCACCCAAAAAAACACCUAGAAAAAGAGCAUCUAAACCAAAGGUGCUGCAAAGACCGCCGACAUUACAGCCGCAAUUUAUUGCGCCGAUGUCAUGCCUUGCGCCAAGUUCUUUUUGCCAACCAUACAUUCCACCACAUUUCUACAAUCGUUUUCCCAACUACCGAUGCAAAUUCCGCACCUACAAAUGCCCAACAUGUUGUCAUACCAUCAGCCUACAACAUCUGUGAAAAAGAAGAAGCCAGAAAAAGAGUACACCUUCCGCAAAUGCAAUCAACCAAUAAAGGAAGGCCACGGACAAUAUAAAGGGGAACGAUACUGUUCGUAUGAACCUGAUGCACCUUCCUAUAACAUUUGGUUAGAGCAGCGGCGUAAAGCGGACACAAAAGGAACAAAAUAAGUUCAUGUAAUUUCUUAUGUAAAACGGGUAACAUAUGCCCUUACUAACACACCAUUACGCCUUUUCUUUUUCCUUUCUCUUUCCCCCUCUUUUCCCCCUUUUCUCCAGUCUUUUAUGCCCCUUCCUUCCUUACAGUUGGCCAGCGCGGUUUCAGGUGGUGAAUGCAGCAUUUUUUCGUAUCCACGACUCGCUGUGGAGUUCUACAAGAGUGUUGUGUAACGCUGUUGGUCCAUUACCCAACGUUCUUGACUUCAGCAGUGAUAUGACCUUGAAGUCACAGGCAGCACUUAAAAUCGAAUGCAAACAUGCGUCGUGACAUCCAUAGGUAUAUAUCCUACGCAGGAAAUACGACUCUGGUUUGGGUUUAAAUGCAAAUAAAAAGUUAACGGCUUGUGGAUAGUUCCAAAGCCUAACGGGAGUUGCGAGCGUUCCUGUUCCGCAGAAAAAAUGUUUGGCGACCCAAUGGAGAUCUGCAGGAGCCAUAUUUUGAUUCCAAUAUCGUGGAAGUCUGUCAGUAACAUCAGAUGGAGGCUGCAUACAAUGAAAACGCAUUUAAACAUAUUUAAAAUUGCUGCCAAUGUCUCAUAAAAGGAAUAGGAAUAACAAAAAAAUCCUCAUCGAUAAUGUCAUACAAACUUACCAAGAUAGUAUCAGAUGAAACAUGUGAAGAAUUGGGUGCUAUAGCGAUAGUUGUGCUACUUUUUAACGAUUUAGACAAACCCUACAUGGUUAUGGAAUAGAAAUUAGAUUUAAGGAAUGUAUGGAUUACAAUAUAUAUUAUUAUUAUUAUUAUUAUUAUUAUUAUUAUUAUUAUUAUUAUCAUUAUCAUUUAAAAAUGCUUAUACAGGAUAAUGAGUAUGUAGGCAGAAUAUAAUUAGACAAAAAACGAAUCAUAAAUUUAGUUUUACAACGAUUUUUCCUAAAUGUUUGGCUACAUCACAACAUGGUCAAACAUAAUUUACUAGUUCAGUUGGUGCUCCAAAAUUUAUUUCACUUUAGAAAGAAAGCUCUAUCAAAUUUUGAGAUAAUCCAUUCUGCACAAUAUGCUUUAGUUUCUUCUAAAAAAAUAUGUAUUUGCUGUUUAGUAGCAAACAGAUAUUUCGGAUGUAGUCGACGUGGAAGAUGAAGGAAAUUCAGAAAGUAAGAGUGAGGAAGGAAGAUGGAUUUCUGGUUGGCAUAAAGUUGAUGUUCUGGCUCGUGCUUUGCUGGCACUAAAUGGCUUCAGUGUCAGUGCUACAAACGUUAAAGCCCUUUACGACGAUCUUGAGGCAUACGACAAAAAACCGUUGGUAUACAAAAAACAUGAUGAAAAGGCAGUCCAGAGGCCGGUUUUCUUCACGCAAACGGGAAGUUCACGUAGGGAUCGUGGCGAUAAAAAGAUGCUUUUAGUCCGGCACCUUUUCUGCUUUAUUGCCAUCAAAAAACAGGAUCGAUUUUUUUUUUGAUUUUUGAUUUUCUCUUUAUUUAACGUCGAUAGAUACAAUAGUAUUUAAAUAACUAAUUUAAAUCGACAACAAAACGUAAAACAAGGCAAACAGCGAAAUAAGUAAAGUUAAAAUAUGUAUGGUAUAUCCAUGCAUAUUUUACAGGUGCAAACAUCACCUCCCCAAAAUUUUAUUGAGCUACGGAAGGCUUCGAGAGAAGGAGCAUUCUUUGUAGCGUCAGGCACAGAUAUCCAUAGCUUCCCUGCAAUAUUUGAUAAAGUAUUUAAGCCAUAGUACGUUGUCCGACAAGUUGGUCGCCUGAUUAAAUUAAAGCAACGAAGGUUGUACUUGUUUUCCCUAACAGAAAAUAUCUCGUUCAUAUAUAGAGGUGACAAUCCAUUUAAAAAUUUGUAAACCUCUUUCAUUAAAUUCGUCGAAGCUCUGUGCAUCCAAGGAAAUACGAUUCCCGCUGGAAGAGGAUCAUUGGCGAGUACAACAACAUCCGUGCUCGCCUUUUUAACAGUUCUUUGCUGGAGGAGACUGGUUUGACAUUUUACACCAUAACGAAACCACCUCGCGAUUGUGGUUUAAAAAUCAAACAAGAAGGGAAGAAAUUUUAACUCUUCUUCAGGUUGUCCACCUAUCCAACGGCAAGAAAACAGCUACAGAUGCUCUUCCACCUCAUGCUGCUCAAUCCAACUCACGAGGCAACAUUGACGUGGUUAAUUACAAAGAUCCUGAAAAUCGCUCCGAUAUGGCCAGGCUAAAAUUCUUAAAUCGAGAUGGAGCCAUCCCAACACCUGACUUUGUAAUGAAACAGAUGAAGCGUCAGCUGCUACAACACCAGCACCCAAAAAAACACCUAGAAAAAGAGCAUCUAAACCAAAGGUGCUGCAAAGACCGCCGACAUUACAGCCGCAAUUUAUUGCGCCGAUGUCAUGCCUUGCGCCAAGUUCUUUUUGCCAACCAUACAUUCCACCACAUUUCUACAAUCGUUUUCCCAACUACCGAUGCAAAUUCCGCACCUACAAAUGCCCAACAUGUUGUCAUACCAUCAGCCUACAACAUCUGUGAAAAAGAAGAAGCCAGAAAAAGAGUACACCUUCCGCAAAUGCAAUCAACCAAUAAAGGAAGGCCACGGACAAUAUAAAGGGGAACGAUACUGUUCGUAUGAACCUGAUGCACCUUCCUAUAACAUUUGGUUAGAGCAGCGGCGUAAAGCGGACACAAAAGGAACAAAAUAAGUUCAUGUAAUUUCUUAUGUAAAACGGGUAACAUAUGCCCUUACUAACACACCAUUACGCCUUUUCUUUUUCCUUUCUCUUUCCCCCUCUUUUCCCCCUUUUCUCCAGUCUUUUAUGCCCCUUCCUUCCUUACAGUUGGCCAGCGCGGUUUCAGGUGGUGAAUGCAGCAUUUUUUCGUAUCCACGACUCGCUGUGGAGUUCUACAAGAGUGUUGUGUAACGCUGUUGGUCCAUUACCCAACGUUCUUGACUUCAGCAGUGAUAUGACCUUGAAGUCACAGGCAGCACUUAAAAUCGAAUGCAAACAUGCGUCGUGACAUCCAUAGGUAUAUAUCCUACGCAGGAAAUACGACUCUGGUUUGGGUUUAAAUGCAAAUAAAAAGUUAACGGCUUGUGGAUAGUUCCAAAGCCUAACGGGAGUUGCGAGCGUUCCUGUUCCGCAGAAAAAAUGUUUGGCGACCCAAUGGAGAUCUGCAGGAGCCAUAUUUUGAUUCCAAUAUCGUGGAAGUCUGUCAGUAACAUCAGAUGGAGGCUGCAUACAAUGAAAACGCAUUUAAACAUAUUUAAAAUUGCUGCCAAUGUCUCAUAAAAGGAAUAGGAAUAACAAAAAAAUCCUCAUCGAUAAUGUCAUACAAACUUACCAAGAUAGUAUCAGAUGAAACAUGUGAAGAAUUGGGUGCUAUAGCGAUAGUUGUGCUACUUUUUAACGAUUUAGACAAACCCUACAUGGUUAUGGAAUAGAAAUUAGAUUUAAGGAAUGUAUGGAUUACAAUAUAUAUUAUUAUUAUUAUUAUUAUUAUUAUUAUUAUUAUUAUUAUUAUUAUUAUUAUUAUCAUUAUCAUUUAAAAAUGCUUAUACAGGAUAAUGAGUAUGUAGGCAGAAUAUAAUUAGACAAAAAACGAAUCAUAAAUUUAGUUUUACAACGAUUUUUCCUAAAUGUUUGGCUACAUCACAACAUGGUCAAACAUAAUUUACUAGUUCAGUUGGUGCUCCAAAAUUUAUUUCACUUUAGAAAGAAAGCUCUAUCAAAUUUUGAGAUAAUCCAUUCUGCACAAUAUGCUUUAGUUUCUUCUAAAAAAAUAUGUAUUUGCUGUUUAGUAGCAAACAGAUAUUUCGGAUGUAGUCGACGUGGAAGAUGAAGGAAAUUCAGAAAGUAAGAGUGAGGAAGGAAGAGGGAUUUCUGGUUGGCAUAAAGUUGAUGUUCUGGCUCGUGCUUUGCUGGCACUAAAUGGCUUCAGUGUCAGUGCUACAAACGUUAAAGCCCUUUACGACGAUCUUGAGGCAUACGACAAAAAACCGUUGGUAUACAAAAAACAUGAUGAAAAGGCAGUCCAGAGGCCGGUUUUCUUCACGCAAACGGGAAGUUCACGUAGGGAUCGUGGCGAUAAAAAGAUGCUUUUAGUCCGGCACCUUUUCUGCUUUAUUGCCAUCAAAAAACAGGAUCGAUUUUUUUUUUGAUUUUUGAUUUUCUCUUUAUUUAACGUCGAUAGAUACAAUAGUAUUUAAAUAACUAAUUUAAAUCGACAACAAAACGUAAAACAAGGCAAACAGCGAAAUAAGUAAAGUUAAAAUAUGUAUGGUAUAUCCAUGCAUAUUUUACAGGUGCAAACAUCACCUCCCCAAAAUUUUAUUGAGCUACGGAAGGCUUCGAGAGAAGGAGCAUUCUUUGUAGCGUCAGGCACAGAUAUCCAUAGCUUCCCUGCAAUAUUUGAUAAAGUAUUUAAGCCAUAGUACGUUGUCCGACAAGUUGGUCGCCUGAUUAAAUUAAAGCAACGAAGGUUGUACUUGUUUUCCCUAACAGAAAAUAUCUCGUUCAUAUAUAGAGGUGACAAUCCAUUUAAAAAUUUGUAAACCUCUUUCAUUAAAUUCGUCGAAGCUCUGUGCAUCCAAGGAAAUACGAUUCCCGCUGGAAGAGGAUCAUUGGCGAGUACAACAACAUCCGUGCUCGCCUUUUUAACAGUUCUUUGCUGGAGGAGACUGGUUUGACAUUUUACACCAUAACGAAACCACCUCGCGAUUGUGGUUUAAAAAUCAAACAAGAAGGGAAGAAAUUUUAACUCUUCUUCAGGUUGUCCACCUAUCCAACGGCAAGAAAACAGCUACAGAUGCUCUUCCACCUCAUGCUGCUCAAUCCAACUCACGAGGCAACAUUGACGUGGUUAAUUACAAAGAUCCUGAAAAUCGCUCCGAUAUGGCCAGGCUAAAAUUCUUAAAUCGAGAUGGAGCCAUCCCAACACCUGACUUUGUAAUGAAACAGAUGAAGCGUCAGCUGCUACAACACCAGCACCCAAAAAAACACCUAGAAAAAGAGCAUCUAAACCAAAGGUGCUGCAAAGACCGCCGACAUUACAGCCGCAAUUUAUUGCGCCGAUGUCAUGCCUUGCGCCAAGUUCUUUUUGCCAACCAUACAUUCCACCACAUUUCUACAAUCGUUUUCCCAACUACCGAUGCAAAUUCCGCACCUACAAAUGCCCAACAUGUUGUCAUACCAUCAGCCUACAACAUCUGUGAAAAAGAAGAAGCCAGAAAAAGAGUACACCUUCCGCAAAUGCAAUCAACCAAUAAAGGAAGGCCACGGACAAUAUAAAGGGGAACGAUACUGUUCGUAUGAACCUGAUGCACCUUCCUAUAACAUUUGGUUAGAGCAGCGGCGUAAAGCGGACACAAAAGGAACAAAAUAAGUUCAUGUAAUUUCUUAUGUAAAACGGGUAACAUAUGCCCUUACUAACACACCAUUACGCCUUUUCUUUUUCCUUUCUCUUUCCCCCUCUUUUCCCCCUUUUCUCCAGUCUUUUAUGCCCCUUCCUGACUCGCUGUGGAGUUCUACAAGAGUGUUGUGUAACGCUGUUGGUCCAUUACCCAACGUUCUUGACUUCAGCAGUGAUAUGACCUUGAAGUCACAGGCAGCACUUAAAAUCGAAUGCAAACAUGCGUCGUGACAUCCAUAGGUAUAUAUCCUACGCAGGAAAUACGACUCUGGUUUGGGUUUAAAUGCAAAUAAAAAGUUAACGGCUUGUGGAUAGUUCCAAAGCCUAACGGGAGUUGCGAGCGUUCCUGUUCCGCAGAAAAAAUGUUUGGCGACCCAAUGGAGAUCUGCAGGAGCCAUAUUUUGAUUCCAAUAUCGUGGAAGUCUGUCAGUAACAUCAGAUGGAGGCUGCAUACAAUGAAAACGCAUUUAAACAUAUUUAAAAUUGCUGCCAAUGUCUCAUAAAAGGAAUAGGAAUAACAAAAAAAUCCUCAUCGAUAAUGUCAUACAAACUUACCAAGAUAGUAUCAGAUGAAACAUGUGAAGAAUUGGGUGCUAUAGCGAUAGUUGUGCUACUUUUUAACGAUUUAGACAAACCCUACAUGGUUAUGGAAUAGAAAUUAGAUUUAAGGAAUGUAUGGAUUACAAUAUAUAUUAUUAUUAUUAUUAUUAUUAUUAUUAUUAUUAUUAUUAUUAUUAUUAUCAUUAUCAUUUAAAAAUGCUUAUACAGGAUAAUGAGUAUGUAGGCAGAAUAUAAUUAGACAAAAAACGAAUCAUAAAUUUAGUUUUACAACGAUUUUUCCUAAAUGUUUGGCUACAUCACAACAUGGUCAAACAUAAUUUACUAGUUCAGUUGGUGCUCCAAAAUUUAUUUCACUUUAGAAAGAAAGCUCUAUCAAAUUUUGAGAUAAUCCAUUCUGCACAAUAUGCUUUAGUUUCUUCUAAAAAAAUAUGUAUUUGCUGUUUAGUAGCAAACAGAUAUUUCGGAUGUAGUCGACGUGGAAGAUGAAGGAAAUUCAGAAAGUAAGAGUGAGGAAGGAAGAGGGAUUUCUGGUUGGCAUAAAGUUGAUGUUCUGGCUCGUGCUUUGCUGGCACUAAAUGGCUUCAGUGUCAGUGCUACAAACGUUAAAGCCCUUUACGACGAUCUUGAGGCAUACGACAAAAAACCGUUGGUAUACAAAAAACAUGAUGAAAAGGCAGUCGAGAGGCCGGUUUUCUUCACGCAAACGGGAAGUUCACGUAGGGAUCGUGGCGAUAAAAAGAUGCUUUUAGUCCGGCACCUUUUCUGCUUUAUUGCCAUCAAAAAACAGGAUCGAUUUUUUUUUUGAUUUUUGAUUUUCUCUUUAUUUAACGUCGAUAGAUACAAUAGUAUUUAAAUAACUAAUUUAAAUCGACAACAAAACGUAAAACAAGGCAAACAGCGAAAUAAGUAAAGUUAAAAUAUGUAUGGUAUAUCCAUGCAUAUUUUACAGGUGCAAACAUCACCUUCCCAAAAUUUUAUUGAGCUACGGAAGGCUUCGAGAGAAGGAGCAUUCUUUGUAGCGUCAGGCACAGAUAUCCAUAGCUUCCCUGCAAUAUUUGAUAAAGUAUUUAAGCCAUAGUACGUUGUCCGACAAGUUGGUCGCCUGAUUAAAUUAAAGCAACGAAGGUUGUACUUGUUUUCCCUAACAGAAAAUAUCUCGUUCAUAUAUAGAGGUGACAAUCCAUUUAAAAAUUUGUAAACCUCUUUCAUUAAAUUCGUCGAAGCUCUGUGCAUCCAAGGAAAUACGAUUCCCGCUGGAAGAGGAUCAUUGGCGAGUACAACAACAUCCGUGCUCGCCUUUUUAACAGUUCUUUGCUGGAGGAGACUGGUUUGACAUUUUACACCAUAACGAAACCACCUCGCGAUUGUGGUUUAAAAAUCAAACAAGAAGGGAAGAAAUUUUAACUCUUCUUCAGGUUGUCCACCUAUCCAACGGCAAGAAAACAGCUACAGAUGCUCUUCCACCUCAUGCUGCUCAAUCCAACUCACGAGGCAACAUUGACGUGGUUAAUUACAAAGAUCCUGAAAAUCGCUCCGAUAUGGCCAGGCUAAAAUUCUUAAAUCGAGAUGGAGCCAUCCCAACACCUGACUUUGUAAUGAAACAGAUGAAGCGUCAGCUGCUACAACACCAGCACCCAAAAAAACACCUAGAAAAAGAGCAUCUAAACCAAAGGUGCUGCAAAGACCGCCGACAUUACAGCCGCAAUUUAUUGCGCCGAUGUCAUGCCUUGCGCCAAGUUCUUUUUGCCAACCAUACAUUCCACCACAUUUCUACAAUCGUUUUCCCAACUACCGAUGCAAAUUCCGCACCUACAAAUGCCCAACAUGUUGUCAUACCAUCAGCCUACAACAUCUGUGAAAAAGAAGAAGCCAGAAAAAGAGUACACCUUCCGCAAAUGCAAUCAACCAAUAAAGGAAGGCCACGGACAAUAUAAAGGGGAACGAUACUGUUCGUAUGAACCUGAUGCACCUUCCUAUAACAUUUAGUUAGAGCAGCGGCGUAAAGCGGACACAAAAGGAACAAAAUAAGUUCAUGUAAUUUCUUAUGUAAAACGGGUAACAUAUGCCCUUACUAACACACCAUUACGCCUUUUCUUUUUCCUUUCUCUUUCCCCCUCUUUUCCCCCUUUUCUCCAGUCUUUUAUGCCCCUUCCUUCCUUACAGUUGGCCAGCGCGGUUUCAGGUGGUGAAUGCAGCAUUUUUUCGUAUCCACGACUCGCUGUGGAGUUCUACAAGAGUGUUGUGUAACGCUGUUGGUCCAUUACCCAACGUUCUUGACUUCAGCAGUGAUAUGACCUUGAAGUCACAGGCAGCACUUAAAAUCGAAUGCAAACAUGCGUCGUGACAUCCAUAGGUAUAUAUCCUACGCAGGAAAUACGACUCUGGUUUGGGUUUAAAUGCAAAUAAAAAGUUAACGGUUUGUGGAUAGUUCCAAAGCCUAACGGGAGUUGCGAGCGUUCCUGUUCCGCAGAAAAAAUGUUUGGCGACCCAAUGGAGAUCUGCAGGAGCCAUAUUUUGAUU